UGAGAGAAGAGCAGCAGCAACAGCAGGAGUCUGUUGUGGAAGAGGCUGCCAACUGAAGAUCUCAUCUGGGAUUUUGCGGUUGUAAUGCUAAUGGACAUCUCUGAUUUACAACAUCACAUUUGAUCACUUUAUAUAUCUGAACCACUCCCAGCAGCCCGUUUUCCUUUAAAGGGAAUCAGACAUAGAGAUGUCUCUCUGUAGAGAACUGUAAGUCGAACUGACAGAUAUGUUUUAAGACAUCCCACAUCCUUUGCUUUACGCAGAAACAACACAAGGUCACAUUAAAAAAUAGACUCCCUGCAUGGGAGAGUCCUGCUUCAGUCAAACUGAGGCUUUUAAAGAUCAGCCCAUUGGCACUGCAGUCUCCCAUCACCGGCUGACCCUCCGCACUCAUCUUUCUGUCAGGAUGAGUGACUCACAGGAAGCGACGUCCCCAGUGGCAGGCAUAGGAGGCCCCGCCGCUUGCGUAUCCAAGGUGGAGCUGCGUGUUUCCUGCAAGUCCCUGUUGGACCGAGACACGCUCAAUAAGUCUGACCCCUGCGUCAUGCUCAUGGUACAGAACCAAGGUCAAUGGACUGAACUGGACCGUACUGAGGUGAUCAAGAGUAACCUGAAUCCGGUCUUUGCCAAAGUCUUAAUGCUGGACUACUACUUUGAGGAAGUCCAGAAACUGCGUUUCGAAGUCUAUGACAUUCAUGGAGCCCACAGUAUUGGGACGCGAGACGAUGACUUCCUGGGUGGGGUGGAGUGCACGCUUGGACAGAUAGUGGCCCAAAAAAAGAUGGUGAAACCUCUGUUGCUGAAAUAUGGAAAAUAUGCUGGGAAAUCUACAAUCACAAUUCAUGCAGAAGAGAUUUCUGGGAACAACGGCUACGUCGAGCUUUCCUUCUGUGCCAAGAAGUUAGAUGAUAAGGAUCUCUUCAGCAAGUCAGAUCCAUUCUUGGAGAUUUACCGGAUCAAUGAUGAUGGAACAGAACAGCUUGUACACAGAACUGAAGUGAUUAAAAACAAUCUGAACCCUGUGUGGGAACCCUUUAAGGUGUCUCUCAUUUCUCUGUGCAGCUGCGAUGACGAAAGGAAGUUGAAGUGCUUAGUCUGGGACUAUGACUCGAGGGGAAAGCAUGACUUCAUUGGUGAAUUCUACACCAAUUUCAAAGAAAUGCAGAGGAUUUCCUCAGGAAACAAGGUCACAUGGGACUGCAUCAAUCCAAAAUACAAACUGAAGAAGAAGAACUACAAGAACUCUGGGUUGGUUAUUCUCAGUGAUCUCAAGCUUCACAGAGUCUAUUCCUUCCUGGACUACAUCAUGGGAGGCUGCCAAAUACACUUCACAGUUGCCAUUGACUUCACGGCGUCCAAUGGGGACCCUCGCAAUAGCUGUUCCCUGCACUACAUCAACCCAUAUCAGCCGAAUGAGUAUCUGAAAGCCUUGAUAGCCGUGGGGGAGAUCUGCCAGGAUUACGACAGUGACAAACGAUUCUCUGCUUUGGGCUUUGGGGCAAGAAUUCCACCGAAUUAUGAGGUGUCUCAUGACUUUGCCAUCAAUUUCAACCCAGAGGAUGAUGAAUGUGAAGAGAUCCAGGGGGUCGUGGAAGCCUACCAGAACUGCCUGCCCAAGAUCCAGCUCUACGGUCCCACUAAUGUGGCUCCCAUCAUCAACAGAAUAGCUAAGCUGGCGGCUGGGAAAGAACCCAUCAAAGAUGCUUCUCUGUAUCAUAUCCUGCUGAUCCUCACAGACGGGGUGGUAACAGACAUGGCCGAUACACGGGAGGCCAUUGUUCGGGCUUCCUACCAACCUAUGUCCAUCAUUAUUGUGGGAGUGGGAAACGCAGACUUCACAGACAUGCAGAUCCUUGAUGGGGAUGAUGGAGUCCUGCGCUCACCUAAAGGGGAACCCGUCUUGAGGGACAUCGUACAGUUUGUGCCCUUCAGAGACUUCAAAACGGCUUCACCAGCUGCUCUGGCAAAGUGUGUCCUAGCGGAGGUGCCUAAACAGGUAGUGGAGUACUUCAGUCACAAGGCCAUACCGCCCAUAAACCCAGUGCUGAAUUCAACCCCCAGCUCCAUCGCCAACACACCUGAAUAACACUCAGCCCUGUACACCUCCACAGUACUGAAACAGAGCUGGGACAGGGCUGCUCUGCCACAACAUACAGUAUACACUAUCAUCCUGACUAUGUUUUGUUCAUUCGUAAGCUGUUCAUACAUGACUGACGGUUUGGAUCUUGGUGUCUGAUCUUGCCCUUGACACCGUGACUGCUCUCCCAGCAUGCAAACCGGAGUCCUUUUCCCCUCUGCUUCGCAUACGAGCAGACAAUACAUUGAAUUCCCAUCAGGACCAGGCCUUCUGAUCCCUGCUGACUCUUUUCAACUUCACAAGGCCACUUCUGCAUUCUGCUGUUUUGUAUGACCUUCAGAGUUUUGAAGACCUUGCUCUGCCUGCCUUUGGGCUCUUUUCAUUCCUGGACUCCACGAGAACUGAAUCAGAAAUGCUGAGAAACAUACAAUACAAUGUAAUAUGAAUAGCCAAUCUAUAGAUAAUAGCAUGUACAUUGACUAAAAGAGUUUGCUUUGGUUUUUCUGGACAAAUAUGCAUAGUUCAUUGCUAAAAUCAUCAUCUUGAUGUAAAGAUAUAAAUGGGAGUGUGAGAAUGGUCAUCAUAUGGCUAGUCGAUUAGUCAGGAUGACUAGUUUGAAAUAUUUUAGCGGUGGCACUUGAAUUAGCAUGCUGACAGAGCGCUAUUUGACAGUUUGUAAUGAUAAAACCCUUUUUGAUAAGCUGCAUCUUCAAAUCCAUCACCUUUGAGACAUCGGCAACACAACCAUUCUCAUGCACACAGGGUGAUUCACAAUGUCUUUUAAGCACCUCACACCAUGAGCAUUAUCAAGACAUCAAAUGAAAAUGAGUUGUUUACAGAAAAAUACCUUUUUAAAAUGUGUCUUGAGAUUCUUGCGCUCUGUGUCAUUCUGUUGUGUCAAGCCUGAAUGCAUAAUCUGUCAACAACCCCUAACAAACAUUAGCGAUCACAAAGUGUUGAACAGCCAACAGAAAUUACAAAUAAUUAUUAGUUGACUAUAGUCAGUUGGUUGCAUGAGAAAAUUGUGAAUUCUUUCACAUUCUGUCUGCGCCAAUGCACUGAUUAAAAUGUAAACUAUUUGAUAUGAUCCCCAUUUAAAUGGUUUGUGGAAACACGUGAAUAUUGCCAAGAGGGAAAAAAAUGCCACAGGCACUCAGUCAAUCAUGAGAGAAGUGCUCUAAUUAAAAAAAGGUGAAGUGGGUGAUUUCUGCACCUGUAGCAGAACGAAGAGGAUUUCAUAAAUACUGUAAUUCUGUUGUUUUCAAACUGUUUUAAAGACACACUCCCCCUGUCGUCAUUAGUGGGCCAAACAUUCAUAUGUAAGGCAUGUCUACCCUUGUGAAAAAAGAAGUAAACUUAAUUGUAUUGAAAACCAUUGUAUGUUUUUUUUUACUGUACUUGUAAUAAGUAUAUUUGAAGAGAGUAUACUUUACAAAGUUCACUUUGUAAUGAUUAUAAGUUUCAAAUAAUUACAUUUUAAAUCAUUUUGUUUAAUAAUUUUUUUGUUGUGUUUAAAGAAGUACUGUACACUUAUUUUGAUGUGUUGCCUAACAUACUAAAGCACAUGUAAAGUACUUGAUCAUAUUCAAUAUUAUAUAUAAAUAUAUCUUAUUUUAUUAUUAUUUAUAAUAUAUUGCAACUUCAUCACAAAUGUGUAUUCACAGAUAUAUUUAGUUAAAUACUUGAUUUACAUAUUUCGAUUACAUUAAAGCUUAAUUUAGUACCAUAAAUGCUUUUCAGUAUAUUCAGCAAUACACUUUAAUCAUAUUUUAAAGACAUUAAUGAAAUGAAAUUCUGUUUGCACUUUAUAUAUUAUUUCUGUAAUAAGUUAUUUAUUAAGUUAAGUUUAUGCUAAAGUGUAAUUCUUUUUCACAAGGGUAGACUCACUAUAUGCAAUAAAACAAAGCAUUUUAACAUCAAAACAAACAUCAGCUUUAAUGCAACCAGUUUUAUUUAGACAUUAAACAUCUAAUGUUUGGGUGGCACUUGGACUAUUUACAGCAAUGGGAAUAAGAUACAGACAUUUAAUUUACUGGUGCAGUUUAAACAGCAUUUGCAUCAAACAACAUAGCCAUGUAAAAUACGGAUGGUUGCACAGUUCUACAUGCAUGACCUCAAAUACUAACACUGUAAACUUACAAACAAACACUGAUGAGUAUAUUCACAUAUUACACCAGAACAGCUAUAACUUCUAAUACAAAAUUCCUAAUUCAGUAUUGCUAAGCAUUUAAAUGCAUGCCCUGUUAUUAAAUUAUCAACUGAAUUGCAACUUUUCAUACAAUGAGACAGAAAUUGUCUCCAUAUUAUCCAGCAUUAUGCAUCAUUUAGUCACAGCUGUUUUAACAAAAUCGUGACAGACAUAUGAUGAUGCAUUGCAUACUGACUAGAGAGUUUAACAGAAAAUGUUUACACAAUGCAUAUUUGUUAUUUUAAGUGCAAAUCAAUAUUUUCGAGUGACACAGGGUAUAUCUGAUGGCAUUUUGGGCAUGGAAAGUGUCACAUGCCAUGAUGUGCUUUAUACACAUCUAUGCAAGAGCACCAAUGAAAGCGCAUGUACUCUUGCAGCGGUUGCUUUCUUUCCUUCUUUCUGCACACAGAUUGUGAAGCACAGCACAGACAUGCCUAUAUGGCAUGAAUGCAACAUUCUCAUUUCACUGUGAUAUGGUUAUGUACCGGAAAUGAAGGUUUCCAGAUCUUAACAAGAUGCUGAUUCUGAAAUAGCUUUUGAACUAUACACCUUUGCCUGUUCCAAUUUCCACAGCGGUCUUGUACAUUGCAUUUUAUAAAUAAUUAUUUCUUUUCUUCCCUUGUCAUUUUAAUCCAUCUCCAAAUGGACUGAAUUUGCAUGUUCAGUGUAUCUGGGAGAAGUUUGCUCUCUCUUGUUUAGAGGAGAGGAAAAUGUUGAGCAUGAGUUUCCUUGUACUAUACAUUUGGAAUAUGGGUCAUCAUCCUGCUGGUAUUUUCUUGCAGCCUAAGGUCAUUGCUGAUAUAUUCAUACAGGUCUGCUUACAGACAUCCAGCUGCAUCCUAAAGCAUUAUAUGAAUGAAAAGAUUUGCAGAUCAUGCUGUCCAACAAUAAAUCUUCAUUAAAUUGUAUUGUUCUCACUGUCUAAGGCACUGGAUCGCAGGGAGCAAAAGGAGUCAUUUGAACAUAUUUUGUCUCAUCUAUGCUUUAACAAUGUGCUUUGAUUUGAGCCAGUGACAUUACCGGAAGUAUCUCUUUCAAAAGCUGUGAUUUACUGCAUGCACUCCUCUGUGUUUUAAUGUACCCGUCUGAUUUCAGUGUUAUUUUGUUGAAGCGAGUUGUACCAGCUCAUUUGUUGUAGUCUAGACUCGUAAUCCUGCAUCAAGACUAAUAAAUCUUUUAAUAAUUUGAA